AUGUCUUACCAGAUCCCCAAAGUCCAGAAGGUCGCCAUUGUGCAAAAGACCGGUGGUAGCAUCGAGAUUAAGAAUGACUACCCCGUGAAGCAGCCGAAUGAGCUGGCGCCAGGAGAGUGUCUGAUCAAGAUAGAGGCUUCUGGCUGUUGCCACACCGAUUUGCACGCGGCUAUCGGUGACUGGCCCGUCCCACCUAAGACCCCUCUCAUCGGUGGACACGAGGGUGUUGGUAUUGUCGUUGCUGUCGGUAACAAUACAAACGCUUCGCCAGUGAAGCUCGGUGACCGCGUUGGUAUCAAAUGGCUCGCUGACUCUUGCUUGAACUGCGAGGAUUGCCGCAAGGGUCGUGAACAAAACUGCGCUCAGUGCAAGCUCAGUGGCUACACCGUCGACGGUACCUUUGCCGAAUACGUUGUCUCAUAUGUGAACCACGUUACCCCCAUCCCCGAAGGAUUCCCCUCCGACGCCGCUGCCUCCAUCCUCUGCGCUGGUGUCACCGUCUACCGCGCAAUCAAGUACAGCCAAACCAGCGCAGGCGACUGGAUCGUCCUCCCCGGUGCUGGAGGAGGUCUCGGCCAUCUUGCCGUGCAGUACGCCCGUGCUCGUGGUCUCCGAGUCAUCGCCAUCGACUCUGGUGCCGAGAAGAAGAAGCUCUGUGAGUCCCUUGGUGCUGAGGUCUGGAUCGACUUCAAGGAGUCGAAGAACAUCGUUGAGGAUGUCAAGGCUGCCACCGGUGGAUUCGGAGCUCACUCUGCUGUUGUUACCGCUGCACAUAGCUCUGGCUACACGCAAGCCAUUGACUACCUCCGCCCUGGUGCCACCCUCAUGGCUGUCGGUCUUCCAGGAGAUGCGACCUUGAACGCCUCUAUCUUCUUCACCGUCUUCAAGAGCAUCAGCAUCCUCGGUUCCUACGUUGGUAACCGUCAAGAUGCUCGGGAAGCUUUGGACAUCGCCGCUCGCGGGCAAGUGACGGUCCACUUCGUUUCCAAGGACCUCAAGGAACUCCAGAAUGUCUACGAAGGAAUGAGCGCCGGAAAGGUUGCUGGACGUGUUGUCUUUGACUUCACGAAGUCUUCUUAA